AUGGCCGCUGCCGCACGUGCGUCGCACUCAGGACGUCAUGCCGUGAGGAAGUGCAUGGAAACCGGUGGCUGGCUGGAAGGUACACUCAGCCAGCAAAACUGGGGAAAGAGGUAUCCGUCCUGUAACAGCGCCAGACAGUCUCCAGUGGACAUUGACGAGACGUUCACUCAGGUCAGACUGCAGUACCAGAACCUACAGCUAGAGGGAUGGGACAAAAAGACAUCCGAGAGCACCACCAUCCGCAACAAUGGGAAGACCGUGGUCAUUAAUGUGGAUGAAGAGUAUUACGUGAGUGGAGGCGGCCUGAGUGCCAGGUUCCGUGUGGGUAGCAUCACCUUCCACUGGGGGCUCUGUAACGCCACCUCGGAUGGAUCAGAGCACAGCCUCAACGGAAUGAAGUAUCCCCUGGAGAUGCAGAUUUAUAGUUAUGACCCUGAUAGCUUCCAGAGUCUGGGCGAGGCCGUCAGAGAUGGAGGCAGGGUGUCUGCUCUGGUGGUGCUGUUUGAGAUCAGCCUGGCGGACAACGAGAGCUUCGACCCCAUAAUAGAAGCCGUCAACUCUGUCAGCAGGUUUGGUAAAAGUGGAGCGGUGGAAGCGUUCACUUUGAGGGCCCUGCUGCCUAACAAUACAGAUAAAUACUACAUCUACAAUGGCUCCCUCACCACCCCGCCCUGCUCAGAGACGGUGGAGUGGAUCGUCUUCAAACACACCUCAGCCAUAUCCGAGACGCAGUUGGAGGUGUUCUGUGAGGUGAUGACCAUGGAGCAGGCAGGGUACGUCAUGUUGACAGAUUACCUUCAGAACAACUUCAGGGAGCAGCAGCAGCAGUUCAUGGGCCAAGUGUUUGCCUCCUACACAGGGGUGGAGGAGGUCCUCACUCCCACCUGUAGCUCAGAGCCAGAGAACGUCAUGGCAGACGCCCAGAAUGACACAACCAUCGUGGUGACGUGGGAGCGUCCACGGGUCGUCUAUGACACCACCAUCGACUGGUACACCGUUACCUAUCAAAGGCUGCAGGGGCGGAGCCAGCCCAAACAGGAGUACCGGACAGACGGCGACCAGGACGUGGGUGCCAUCAUCCCUGGCCUGCUCUCCAACAGCAGUUAUGUAGUUCAGGUGGUGGCCAUGUGCACCAACAGCCUCACAGGACGCUGGAGUGACCAGAUGAUAGUGGACAUGCCCUUGGAGGAUCCUGAGAGUGACUCUGAUCCUGAUGUUGAAGAAGAACAGAAGGUAGAGAACCUGAACCAGGUGGAUUUGGUUCCAGAGGACCAGAAUCCAGUGGAGGAGAUCCCAGUGGAGCAGACCAGAGUUUACCAGAACCAACCUGCAAGGUCUCAGAUCCAUGAAAGAGACCAAUCAAACCAGAACCAACUUGUCACUACUGGCCUUGGUGGUAAAACAGCUUCUAAGCCAGCCCGUCUACCUAAACCCAGACAGGGCAAGAACCCCGCCAUGGACCAAAACAUGAAGAAACCAGACCAGGAUAGACCGGAACUGGUUCCAACCGAAUUGGACCAGAACUGGAUCGACGAGAACCAGAGGGUUCUGCCACAUCGGCCAUUCACCAGCGCCUCCUCUGAGGGCAAUAGCGCUAUCUGGAUCACCAUGGCAACAGAGCAGCCUGGCUUCCUGUUUCCGGUUUCCCGAACGACCGGCCAGCCAACGGCCCGCCGACAGAUCACAGAGGAGGCUUCGCUCUCGGCGCCACAACAGAUUCAUGAUCAUGGUGUGUCGGACCAAAGCGUUGAGAGUGACCCCUCCUCCUCCCCAUCAGACCUCUACAUUACUCCAGUUGAGGACUUUCAGGUCACUGAUGUCUACUAUGAAGACAUGAUUGGCAGCGCUGACAGCACCAGCACCAUGGCUACUACUGCUGUGCCAGCGUCCUCCAGCCCUGCCACUCCUUGGACAAGGGCCGGAACGGAAACUCCCAGCAACACCCUCUCCAGCACAACCUACAAACCCACCACCUCUUCCCUGCACCGGGUGCUGAUGCAUACGACCCAGCCCAUGUUCAAUGAGGGCAGUAACAGCAGUCAUGAGUCUCAGGUGGGGUUGGUUGGAGGCGUGGACAGAGAGAAGAGGACCGUGGUACCUCUGGCGGUGGUCUCCACCCUCACUAUUCUCUGUCUGCUCGUACUGGUUGGCAUUCUCAUCUACUGGAGAAACUGUUUCCAGGCAGCAAAUUUUUAUCAAGAAGACAAUGUGACACCUAAAGCUACGUCUGCUCCUUCUACACCCCUGCUGCUGGCCACAGAUGGCCACGAGGCUCUGACAGUGAAGCAGUUUGUGAAGCACGUUAUGGAGUUGCACAGCACCAACACCUUCUCCAAGGAGUUCGAGGUUGUCAAAGAUUCCUAUGAGGAGGUGCAGGUGUGUACGGUGGACAUGGGCAUCACCACAGACAGCUCCAACCACCCCGACAACAAGAGUAAGAACCGCUACAUCAAUAUACUCGCCUACGACCACAGUCGAGUGAAGCUGUGUAACAGUCUGGACAGAGAUGGAAAAGCAGAAGACUACAUCAACGCCAACUUUGUUGACGGUUACGAGCGAACGAGGGCGUAUAUCGCAUCCCAGGGUCCACUGAGGGCGGGAAGGGAAGACUUCUGGAGAAUGAUCUGGCAGCAGAACGUCGGCCUCAUCAUCAUGAUCACCAACCUCAAAGAGAAAGGACGGAUCAAAUGUGACCAGUACUGGCCUGAGGAGAACCAGGAAGACUACGGUCCAUAUCAGGUCACUCUGAAAAGCACCAACACCCUGGCCUACUACACGUUACGAACCUUCACUGUGAGAGAUACCAGCAACAAGGCACAGCAGAGGUGUGAGGAUCACACAGUUCUCCAAUACCACUACACCCAGUGGCCCGACAUGGGCGUUCCAGAAUACACCCUGCCGGUCCUGUCCUUCAUCAGAACAUCAUCUCGGGCCAGAACGCAUGAGAUGGGACCUGUGCUGGUACACUGCAGUGCUGGUGUGGGCAGAACGGGAACAUACAUAGUGAUAGACAGUAUGCUGCAGCAGAUCCAGGAUCAGGGGACAGUCAACGUCCUUGGCUUCCUUAAACACGUGCGAACACAGAGGAAUUUCCUGGUUCAAACUGAGGAGCAGUAUGUGUUCAUCCAUGAUGUCCUGGUCGAGGCCAUCUUGAGCAGGGAUACUUUCGUGACCUCUGACUUCCUCCAUGCCUACGUGUCAGACCUCCUCAUACCCGGGGCUUUGGGCAGGACACGCAUGGACAAGCAGUUUAAGUUGAUCAGCCAGCGUCAGGCCAAGCAUGCCGACUACAGCACCGCCCUGAGAGACGGCAACGCAGAGAGAAACCGAGCCAGGGCCCUCAUGCCUGUGGAGCGGUCCAGAGUCUGUCUGUGUUCAUCAGAAUCAAACUCCACAGGCUACAUCAACGCCUCCUACGUCAUGGGUCACCAUCACAGUAAGGAGUUCAUCGUGAGUCAGAAGCCUCUGAGCAGCACAGUGGCAGACUUCUGGAGAAUGAUCUGGGAGCACAACGUACACACCAUCAUCUGCCUGCCAGACACACACAAUCAGUGUGAGGAGGAGGAGCCAUGUGUGUACUGGCCCAGUAAAGACCAGCCAAUGAGCUUUGAGGCUUUCUCUGUGUCAUACGCGGUGGAAGAGCACGUCUGCCUGUCCAAUGACGAGAGGCUGUUGGUUCAAGAGUUCAUUCUGAAGUCUACACUGAAUGACUAUGUGUUGGGGGUGCGUCAGUAUAGCGCCCCCUGCUGGCCAAACCCUGACAGUCCCAUCAGGAACAGCUUUGAGCUGGUCAACACAGUCAGAGAGUUCAGCCGGAACACAGACGGACCAACUGUCGUACACGACCCGUCGGGGGGCACCACCGCGGGGCUGUUUUGUGCUCUUACCACCUUGUCCAGUCAGUUAGAAGAGGAGGGAGCCGUGGACGUUUACCAGGUGGCUCGCAUGACCAACCUGAUGAGACCCGGGGUCUUCAAUGAUAUAGAGCAGUAUCAGUAUCUGUACCGGGCCGUGUUGAGUCUGGUGAGCAGUCAGGAGGACCAGCGAGCCCUUCACUCCCCAGAAACCAAUGGAUCCGUACCGCUAGGCGAGACCAACAUCGCCGAGAGCCUGGAGUCACUCAUGUAG